GGCUCCGUGCGGCAGCACUGGGGCCGGGCCCCGCUCCCGCCGCGCUAUGGCGUCGUGUUCCGACAUCCUCCGCAGCGAGUUCCCGGAGCUGGACGGCGAGGUGUUCGCUUACGUGACGGGGAUCCUGCACAGCAGCGGCGCGGACUUCGAGUCGGUGGACGAGCUGGUGGAGGCGGUGGGCGAACUGCUGCAGGAGGUGUCGCGGGACGGCAAGGACGAGCGGGCCAUCCGCGAGGUGUGCCAGCGCCUCUUCAACUGCCUCCAGCUGGACGAAGCCCGGGCGCAGCGCUGCAGCCAGGUGCUUCUGGACGCUCCUAUCCAGCUCUCCCAGAUCACCGACGGAUACGAUGCCAGCACGGACCUGCUGCCAGGGUUGCUGCUGAAGAGAGGACAGACGUCGAUGGUGAACGCCAAGAAACUGGAGAAGGCAGAAGCCAAACUGAAAGCCAAGCAAGACAAGAGGAUGGAGCGGGAUUCUGUGAAGUCAUCCGGCCCUCCAGUCCUCGAGGAGGCGACUGCCAGCCAAGCUGCCAGCAAGAAGGAGACCCGCAUGGAGUCAUCAGGCAAGAACAAGUCGUACGAUGUACGCAUCGAGAACUUCGAUGUCUCCUUUGGUGAGCGGGUCCUGCUGGCAGGGGCAGACCUGAACCUGGCGUUUGGACGGCGCUACGGGCUGGUGGGCAGGAAUGGGCUGGGGAAGACCACGCUGCUGAAGAUGAUUGCCAGUCGGAGCCUGCGCAUUCCCUCACACAUCAGCAUCCUCCACGUGGAGCAGGAGGUGGCAGGUGAUGAGACGCCAGCCCUGCAGAGCGUGCUGGAGUGUGACACCACUCGUGAGAGCCUGCUGAGGGAGGAAAAGGAGCUGACGGCCAAAGUGAAUGCUGGCAGGGGAGAAGGGACGGAAGGUGCCAGGCUAUCGGAGAUCUACGCCAAGCUGGAGGAGAUUGAGGCAGACAAGGCCCCGGCGAGGGCGUCUGUCAUUCUCGCUGGGCUGGGCUUUAAUGCAAAGAUGCAGCAACAGACAACCAAAGAGUUUUCUGGAGGCUGGAGAAUGAGACUGGCCUUAGCCAGAGCCCUGUUUGCCAGGCCAGACCUCCUUCUGCUGGACGAGCCGACAAACAUGCUGGACGUGAGGGCCAUCCUGUGGCUGGAGAACUACCUGCAGACCUGGCAGUCGACCAUCCUCGUGGUGUCCCACGACAGGAACUUCCUGAACACGGUGGCCACGGACAUCAUCCACCUGCACUCGCAGCGCCUGGACACGUACCGUGGGGACUUUGAGAACUUCAUGAAGACCAAGGAGGAGCGGCUGAAGAACCAGCAGCGGGAGUACGAGGCGCAGCAGCAGUACCGCGAGCAUAUCCAGGUUUUCAUCGACCGCUUUCGCUACAACGCAAACCGGGCAUCCCAAGUUCAGAGCAAGCUCAAGCUGCUGGAGAAGCUGCCAGAGCUGAAACCCGUGGACAAGGAGUCUGAGGUGAUGAUGAAGUUCCCCGAUGGCUUUGAGAAGUUCUCCCCUCCUAUCCUGCAGCUGGAUGAAGUAGACUUCUGCUACGACCCAACUCACUACAUAUUCCGUUCCCUGUCUGUCUCCGCUGACCUGGAGUCCCGCAUCUGCGUGGUUGGGGAAAAUGGAGCUGGCAAGUCGACCAUGCUAAAGAUCUUAAUGGGGGAGCUGGCACCAGUCAGAGGGAUCAGACAUGCUCACAGAAACCUAAAAAUUGGCUAUUUCAGCCAGCACCACGUGGAUCAGCUGGACUUGAACAUCAGUGCUGUAGAGUUGCUGGCCAGGAAGUUCCCAGGGAAGACGGAGGAGGAGUACCGGCACCAGCUGGGGAGAUACGGUGUGUCAGGGGAGCUGGCCGUGCGCCCUGUGGCCAGCCUGUCCGGGGGCCAGAAGAGCCGGGUGGCCUUUGCCCAGAUGACCAUGUCCUGUCCCAACUUUUACAUCCUGGAUGAGCCAACCAACCACCUGGACAUGGAGACCAUCGAGGCGCUGGCGAAGGCACUGAAUAAGUUCCGGGGCGGCAUCAUCCUGGUGUCCCACGAUGAGUGCUUCAUCCGCCUGGUGUGCCACGAGCUGUGGGUCUGCGAGAACGCCACCGUCACCCAAAUCGAGGGCGGCUUCGACCAGUACAGGGACAUCCUGAAGGAGCAGUUCCGCAAAGAGGGAUUCCUAUAGGGCCGGAGUAGGGGGAGGGG